CCUACGGGAGCACGGGGUCCCCGAGCUCCCCGAGCCCCUGGGCAAGAGCAAGAGCAAGAAGAGGAGGAACAGGACGACCUUCAGCACGUUCCAGCUGGAGGAGCUGGAAAAGGUUUUCCAGAAGACGCAUUAUCCCGACGUCUACGCCCGUGAGCAGCUGGCACUGCGGACGGACCUGACCGAAGCCAGGGUGCAGGUCUGGUUCCAGAACCGACGGGCCAAGUGGCGGAAACGGGAACGUUACGGGAAAAUCCAGGAGGUGAGAGACUCCGUGGCCUUUUUUUAG